AUGAAGCUCUCAAACCUUGUCCAAGCACUUUCUCUUGCUACAUUAGUAGCCUCCCGCCCAGGCACCAAGACAAGAAAAGACAACGUCGAAGUUCCUUACGCCGCUUUGCCAUCCGGCAGUUCCCCAUUGCCGAGUCAGUCAUUCGUGCCCUUCAGAGUAUCGAGCGAAGCAUCAAUCGCACCAUCCGUCGGCCACGCCGUGGUCAAUAACCGCUGUCCUUUCCCCGUAUACAUUUGGUCCGUGGGAAGCGCCAUUGGGUCCGCAGUGACGACCGGGCCCAACGGGUGCUAUGCCGAACCCUUUCGCCAUGACCCGAAGAGUGGCGGCGUCGCGAUUAAGAUCACCACCGUGCCCGAUGGACUGUGGAAAAGUGCUCCAUUGACUAUAUUUGCGUACAAUCUGGCUGGUGAUGGUCAGGUGUGGUACGAUCUGUCCGAUAUAUUUGGUGACCCUUUCAAGGGUUACCCUGUUGCGUUGAAUCCAGCGGAGCCAGCGAUAUCCUGGGAAGAUGGCCAACCCCCUGCUGGUAGCGGUGUUCACGUGCACGAUUCUGUGGAUGAUUUGGUAUUGACGUUGUGUUGA